GAAGUAAUAAUACAGAACAAAGUGGAAAAGAAAUUAACCUUGGAAACUAAACUGAUAGGGGAGCUGAACACUACCAGGAUUGCUGCUGGUCAUGAACCGUUGUCUAUUCCUCAUAUCUAUGCAAUGGCUGAUAAAGAGAGGACGUACAAGAAGAUACAAGAUAAAACAAGUACUACAAGUGUUGCUGCCCCUAGAAAACUCACACAAGAAGAGAUUGCUUUGGAAAAAGCAAGGCUGCAGAAACUGGAACGCGUAUUUGCAGAGAAGAUUAAAAAGCUACGGGAGAUUCAAAAUAGAAAAGAAUUAACAGUUGCAGCUUCUAAAGAUUCUAGUUACGGUGCUUUUCAACGAUUGGCGGAGGUUAAACUGCAGUCGGCCAAUCUAAAGCCUGCAAUGAUUGAGUACAAAAAGGAUAAAAUAUGUUUUGAUUUUGGCAAUGAGAGUGAUGUAGAUGAAAGUCAACAGAGUGUGAAAACAAGGAGGAAGUCUCUUAUUGAAUUAAAUCCAAGCACAAAGCCGAAUUUAAUGAGUCCAAAUAACGAGAAAUCUAAAACUCGGAUUGAAAGCACUGAUAUUACCACUGAUGCAGACAACAAGUCUGAAAUUACAGCUAUUGGCAAAGAAAACAAAGAAGCUGGGAAGAGUAGGACAUCAAAAAUUAGUAAAAAAGAUGUUUUUGCCAAGAAAAUUUUUUCCAUGCCUUCCGACUCACAGCUGGAACGGUUAAAAAGAUUACAAAAAGAAAAAGAACAGGUUGUUAAGUUUGAUCCGAUGUGGGUCUAUGUUGGUCGUGACAAUGAUUACAUCAAUGUUCGGAAACUUAACUUGGAUAUUCCAGUUGCGGAAACUGUUGCAAAACAGUCUGUUGAUGAUGGGGAGAUUGUUUCUUACAAACCAUACAAGAGUACUUUAUUACACUUCAAAACAUACAGAUUUAACCCAUAUUACAGAACUAAAUGUAAACUGUCUUUGAGCUCACCAAGUUUUAGUAAUAGACUCAAUCCACGCAGAGUGCUUUGUUCAUUUGACUUAAAAGGAACUUGUAAUGAUGAAAAAUGCCCCUGGCAACAUAGUGAUGACUAUGAACUGACAACAGACGGUUUGUACAAAGACAUUGUGUCCUAUGCACCUAAGCUGGCAGGGAUAGACGAUUCAACAAACAUUGCUGACUGCGAUAAAAAACUGACGAGUUACAUUGAAACGAUUAAGAAACAAAAGCUGAAAAUAAUGAACACUGAUCAGCUAUCGCUCUGGUUUGUCAGUAAAGUGAAUGAACACUAUAGUCGAGAGUGUUUAGAUAGAGCUCUGAAUGUGUUGUCAAGAAGUCUUGAAAGUAAUGGAAGCAGUGUAGAACUAUGGCAGCACUAUCUAACAUUGUAUUCCAAGCGAGUUAAGUCGGAGGAACUGAGAGAGAUGUGUCAGGAAGCUGUCCAGUUUGCACCACAUUAUGAUUUAUGGUGGAAGUGUUUACAGUUAGAAAAAACCUUCAGUGGAAAAGAUAGUCUCUGUAAAAAAAUACUGGAUUUCUUAGUUAAACAACAAGAGGAGUUGUCUUGCCAUUUACAGUCACACCAAAUAUUAGAAGUUUUGUUAUACAGAGUACAUUUACACGUCCAGUCUAGAAGAUAUAAUAUUGCAUUGAAUAUUUUUAAUGGUGCUUUAUCGGAGAAAGUUUCCAGCACAUCCAGCCAUUCGCACUAUAUAGCAAAGUAUUUAACGGGCAGUGAUAGAUGCCUGGCCUGGCUCUCGUUUAUUUAUCUCACUCAAUUUCAUACAUUACCACCAAGUCUCUAUGAUCCUGUCAAUAAUAAUCCUGGAAAAAUAGUUAACAAGGAACCGUUUAUUCUACCCUGGACUGAGAGUUCAGAAUUGAAUCCAGAGGUGCUACUUUCUCACUUCCAAG